AUGUCAAAAAUCGAAGAUGGCGGAUCGAAAAAAUCACUAGUUAAAGUAAAAAGCAAAGUUGAAACUGCAGUGGAAGCAAAGUCGAGACCGGUUCGCUCGGUCAAAAAAGAGCGCGUUGUGGCAGUGUCUCCCAUGAACAAUAACCGACGUCUGAGAAACAAGUCGAACAUUUUAAAUGAGCGGGAUGAGCGUCCCGGUGGGAUUAUUAAAGACAAAUCCCAAGUCCAUUCGAUGGCGAAAACUCAGCCGACAUCCGAGCGUCCGACUCAAGACGAGAAGCAACCUGUAGCCUUAUCCAAGAAGAAUUCUGAAAUCCAGGCGGCCCUCGAGAUUCAGAAUCGUCUCGCGAAAAAGUUGACUCGAAAUUCUGAAAGACGUCGGAAGCUCGCGCAUACUAUGGAGACGACCGCCCAGAAUCGGACACAGGAGAGAAUUGAUUUCGUGGAUUUCGCCAAUCGACACUACACUGAUAUGCAAGGAGGGGUUCACAAAAUGAAAUAUACAAAAGAAGAAUACGAGAACGUCAUCUACGAAGCUCAAACUAUUUUUGCCUCGGAAAAAGCGCUCGUUGACAUCGACCCUCCUUGCAUUGUGGUCGGUGAUCUCCACGGUCAAUACAAUGACUUGAUCAACAUGUUUAUUCUACUGGGACGUCCUCCAGAGACCGUUUACGUCUUCACCGGUGACUACGUGGAUCGUGGAAUGAUGAGUUUGGAGUGCAUCAUGCUCCUCUUCACCUAUAAAAUCUGCUAUCCCGAGAAUAUUGUGUUGCUACGUGGUAAUCAUGAAAUCGCGAGGGUCAAUAAGAAAUACGGAUUCUAUGAAGAGUGUCUUCAAUCGAUACCGAAAUAUGGGGAGGAGAUAUGGGCGAUGUUUCAGCGAUGCUUCAAUAAUCUGCCGAUUUCCGCGUUGAUUGCCACGAAGAUUUUGUGUAUGCACGGAGGAUUGUCACCUUCUUUGAUCACACUAGAUGACCUCCGCAACCACCCAAAACCGAUUCGCAACCCAUUCCGUGGAAUUGUGAACGAUAUGCUCUGGGCCGACCCGGAUCCAUCUGUCUUCGAAUGGAAAACGAGUGCACGCGGCUCUGGAUUCAUUUUCGGCACCAAUGUGAUCGAUGACGUGUGCACUCGUCUCGGCGUCGAGCUCAUCAUCCGAGCUCAUCAGAUGUGUUUCGACGGAUAUUGGGUCGUUAGCGGGAAGAAGUUGAUCACUAUCUUCUCGGCUCCCAUGUACUGUAACCUCUACAAAAACGCGGGUUGCGUUCUGAAAAUCGAUGAGACUCUCUGCGUCCAGAUGGUCGCUUUCGUUCCAGAAUCGGCGAAAGUCGAACAAGUGAUUGAGGAGAAGAAUCGAGUAUGGGACGCUUGUUUUGACAAUAUCGAUUAG